CUCACGUGACCUCCGUGCGCCUGGUAACAGCGAAAGCGUCGCUCCUAGAGAAGCUGCAGACGAGGAGCCGCUGUAGACUUAACGUUACAGCCGAAACGUAUCACGAUGCGCGAUAAAUAUUUCGUUCACGUACUUCCAGACAGCUCGGACAUCGCACACACCCAUGCGAGUCGUUCACAAUAACACCGACACGCUGACGCUAAGCGUCUUAAGGUUCGGGACGAUCCCAAAAGAGUCUGAAGAUGAAGUCUUGCGCUGUGGAGAGAUGAGUAAGACAUCCUGAAAUCGGGUUAUUGGACACCUAUAUAUAAGCAUGGGGAAACUGCAGAGCAAGUUCCGGAGGCGCUCGGACAUUUACAAGGCCAAAGAGGGGGCGGAGCCUGCACCUGUGCACCAGGUAGUGCAGUAUGAACCUGCUCACACAGAUGCCAUCAACUGUGUUGUCAGCUUGACCUCUGACCUGUGCGUGUCAGGAGGGCAUGACCAGGCUGUUGUUGUCUAUGAAUGGAGAGCUGGAAAACGGUGUAAAUCUUUCCGGGGCCACAGCAGAGAGAUUACAAAGUUAUGCUGUUUUAAAGAAAGUUCCUUGGUCUUCAGUGCAUCCCGUGAUAAGUCGGUGCUGAUGUGGGAUCUGGGUCGAGAUACAGAACCCGUCCAGGAGUUUUGUGGCCAUGAGCUUGUAGUUAACGGGGUAGCGGUAAGCCCAGAUGGCUCAAAGCUAUGCACGGGCUCUCGUGAUAACUCCAUGCGUCUCUGGGACAUUGAGUCGGGAGAAUGUCUGCAAAAACACACCAUCUCACGUAACCUGGUGACUCAUGUGUGCUGGGUACCAGGAAGCACAUCUAUUGUCCAAACCUCAGAAGACAAGACGAUAAGGGUGUGGGAUAGCCGUUCCUGGCAGGUCACUAACACUUUUCCGGCAAAGCAGCACAUCCAGACCCACUGUGACAUCAGUUCCAACUGUUACCACCUGCUUUCGUCCAGCAAUGGUUUCGGUGGUCAGGGUAGUGAGGCCACGCUGUGGGACCUCAGACAGCCCGGCUGUAAAGUGGCCGAAUACAGAGGACACCUGCAGACCACAGCAUGCUGCGUGUUUGUGCCUCCCCGUCCCGGAUAUCCUGCUCUCGUGGCGUCUUCGUCAUAUGACAGCUCAGUAAAAAUAUGGGAUCAGAACACUGCAGCGUGUUUGUACACUUUAACGCUGGACGGCUCAGGGCCCUUGGUGUCUCUGGCUCCGUGUGACUCCAGCAGUCUCCUGUGUGCCAGUUUUAACUCAGGACUGCACCAGCUGCAUCUAGAUCAGGGAACAGUGCCCAGCCUCACUGAAGUGGCUCGCUUCUGACGUCUAUCUGGACCACCUGGAAAAUCAAACUGAACAAACACACAUAUUUAAUAACUGGAACUCCUGGAAAUGAGAAUGCACACUACAGUAUGUAGACACUCUAUUCUUAUUAAAGGAAUAGGUCAAAAAUUAACAUUUGCUGAAAAUGUACUCCUCUUCAACAUCCAAGAUCUAGAUGAGUUUGUUUUUUCAUCUGAACCGAUUUGGAGAAAUGAAGCAGUGCAUCACGAUCCUCUACAGUGAAUGGGUGCCGUCAGAAUGACAGUCCAAACAGCUGAUAAAAACAUCAUAAUAAUCCACAAGAAAUCGGCGUGUUUAUAAUAAAUCCUUUUAAGAUAUUUUUAACUUCAAAGCUUCAAAUUGCAUUAAGAUAUGAGUCCUCUUUCCAUAACAUCGCUUUCUUCAGUGGAAAAAGUAGUCUCAUCUGAAUCCAAUGAAGAUCAAGUAUUGUUUACAAGCAUUAGAAUUUCUAAAUAAUAAAUAAAUAAAUGAAUGUUAAUUUAAUGGGACAAUAUUGUUUCCCUUAUUUAUUUCUGAAGAUUUUUUUUUUUUUUACUACUACUACUUACUUAAUUAAAUGUGGACUUUUUUUAUAUUUACAUUCCUAAACAUAUAUUUUCAGCUGGAUACUUUCUCUUACAACUAAGUAAAAUCUAGAGGGGGAGAAAACCUAUCCGUGCUCUACCUUGAGCACAAUUUCCCUGUAUUUUUUACACACAAAAAAAAAAAACUUUUAUUUGCACUUUUCAUUAAGCAAUUGCUAAUGGGUCAAAAUGAUGCACUGCCAAAAUCAUUCAUGCAGAAAGUACAUCAACGGAUAUGAAAUCUCAGUCUCUCACUCUUCACUCUUCUACAUCACACAGGCUCAGGGUUUGGCAACAUGUGAAGCUGAAUCAUUUUUCACACAGAAGCUGCUAGAGUUUACAGACACACACUCAUAAACACAUUCAAACAUUUAUGGAAACAGUCUGGUCUUGUAUUUCACACUCGGAGAGGGAGAGGAUGCUUAUGAGAUGAUCUGGCCCUUUAGAGAAUUCCAGACAAAAACGAAUGAAAAUCAGUGAUGCAAUGUGUUUUGUGGUCGUUGCUUUUAAGUAUA